AUGGCGAGCGGAGACAACUACAACAGUUCAGUGGAUGCCAAGAUCCUGGUGCUGAAGGGCGAGACCCUGAAGGAUCUCACCAGGCACAAGAGGGCUGUUCAGGCGGCGGAGCUGGGAUGCGAGUCGAAGGAACAACGCACCGCCCUGGGGCCGAAGUUGCAUCGGAACCUCCUCGGCGCGGACAACUCGAUCAGCGUGUCGAUCGAGCAAACAGACCCGAGAAAAUACGCCGUGGAGGACGGAGCGAAUGUGCUGCUCAAGUUUCAAGAGACCGAGCGCUUCGCGAAGAGCAGGUUCCGUGAGUUGCCGAAGGCGUUCGACACGUUCUUCGACCUCACACAUUUCGAUAGGAAAAGGCGGAACUUAGAGGAGGCGGACCCGGACACGAGGAUCAGUUCGAAUGAGUGCGGGUACCACACGCAGAAACGCAGCGGUUUGGACAAGGACGAACGUAACCAGGUGAUUGCGAGUGUGGACGAGAUGCUCAAUUCCGUGAAGAUCUCGUGCGGUCGGAUGGACCACAACGCACCGGAGUGCCCGGCCAACGGACACUCGGGGAAGCCAGCGAAGUGCAAGGGCCGCGACAAGGCGCGAGGCCCGAACGCGAACUACAUCCACAUGCAGCCCGAGAAGGAUUACGAUAUCAGGAUGGUGAACCUGUGCAGCGAUCCGAUCUCGCCGGACAGGCCCGAGCUCGUGGCGAUGGUCUCCAGCGACGUCGUGCAAGCGCCCCCAGUGAACAGCGGGGCAUCGAUUGGAGUCGCAGAACGCGGAUGGCUCGAUCGCGUCGAGGCAGAGCUAGCCAAGCACGGUCUCAAGCCCGUCAAGGAGUACUUCGAGAUCCCCGGCGAAGUGGUCGGCUUGACGAGCAGGAAAGACCUCGCCGAGUGGAAGACGAACCUCUACACGCGCGAUUGCGGCCACUGGGCGAAUUUCCAGGUGCUCGGGUCGCACGGGUCGCAGCCGCUCUUCGAGAGGUUCCGCGCGGGCGAAAUGCAGCGCGAGCCGGGCGCGUUCCUGGUCGCGGAGACGCUGCAGGAGUACGACCCGGGCUUCCAGGUGGAGGAGCGCGCCGAUUCGUGGGUCGCGGAGGCUUCGAAGAACGGCAGCAAGGGCAGAUUCCAGAAGGGCACGCUCAAGCGGAUCGACAAGUUGAUGAAGGAAUAUUCGGUCAUCUUCGACGCACAACUGCGGGACAGGAGAGCUCAGGGCAUGGGCGACCGGGUGGGCGACCUCAUCGAGGAUUUCAGGCCACUGGUUGACUUCUCGGCCAAGGUGCUUCGGACUCAGGCUGCAGGUGGACGCGCUGGCAUCGGCGAGAACCCUCUCACGAGCCGUGCAUGGAACGAGGAGCCGAUGAUGGACCUGUUGCGUUGGCACGGUGGGCGACCUCCAUUGUACGAGAUGGCUUUCCUACACCAGUGCAUGUUCGGACUGACGGAUGACUACGGGGCGCCGAUUCGGCAGGCCACGCGUAUGUUGGUGCCCAACGUAUCAUGUUUUCCGCGGUGGCUCGAUGGCAAGUGCGACCAGCGCCGCGAGCAUGCCGACACGGUCUUUCAAGCUGAGAAGGACCUCAUCGACGUGCGCGCGUUGAGGCAGGGCGAGGCUAUCCCUGCACCUCGCGGAGCUGUGCGGCGCAUCUACGCCAUGUGCACCGACCGGGGCGCGCUGGCCGACUUCUCCGAUGCCUACGCGGACGACCCGAACUUCAUGGCGGUCGCGCUGGCCGCGAGGUAUCCAACCGACACGGUGGUCGCGAUCUAUGCGGCGGAGCCGAAGGCGCAGACGUCUUUCCCCGCCGCGACACCCUUCUUUGGCAGCCGACCAGAAGCAUUCAAGCCCGACGAUCGUGAAGCAGGCGCAGUACAUCGAGACCUACAUCGCAAAGGCGAGAGUUUUGGCGACAAACCUUCGGACAUCACCACGCCUCAGUGGGGCGCCCUGAGGAAGCUCCACCUGGACCUAGGCCACCCGUCGGCAUUCGCGCUGAAGCGACGCCUGAAGUCCGACGGGGUGUCGCAGAAGGCACUCGACACGGUGGGCAAGUGGGACUGCGUCGCGCGCAAGGAGCUCGGGGGGCCUAACACUGCGAGGUCGGCCAACCUGAAGCUCUCGACGGAGUUCAACGAUAAUGUGUUUCUGGGCGAAGCCAAGGUAUUCUUGUACGGCGCAGCGAAGGGCCACAUCGCGCAGCGGUUUGCGGAGGUCGGCGAGAAGCACAACACCCUGACGAGGUUGGUCCCGGCAGAGGCGCCCCAGCUCAAAGGCAGAGUGGGGCGGGCCAUCGACUUCUUCAAGGACCAUUUCCAGCGCCUGAUCCGCGAUGUGCAGCUCACCAAGAGUGACGGCCCAUCCGCGUGGACUUCGGUGAUAGCGAGCACGCGCAACAACCGCAUCCGACGGAAUGGUUUCACGCCCCACCAGCAUGUACUGGGGCGAUCGCCUAAUGUCCCGGCCUCGCUGAUCGAGGCGACGAAGGGCGAUCGGUGGCAGCUGGCGGCGCAGAGCGCAGCACUUUUCGAGGGCGGCCCCAGGAGGGCCGAGCAGAUUUGCGCUGCGGCGAACCGGGCGUUCUUCGAGCUGGACAGCGACGACGCAGUGAGAAGGGCCACGGUUGGUCGGGUUCGCCCGCCGCGCGGGCCGUUCGUGCAAGGCCAGCUGGCGUUCUGCUGGGGUGAGGUGAAGCACGUGAAGUCGAGCUACCGUGGGGUGCCGGUGCUCGCGGCGCCUGCGCAGGCGCGGCAUGCCUCCCGCGGCGAAGCAGAGAUUGCGGAGAACGAGGACCUCGCCAGGCAACCGUCGCAGUGGCGCGGAGGACCUACCCUCCAGAAGGGAUUCGUGGACGAGCGUGGACCUGGGCCCGAGGGGCGCGGUGGCCAGCGCGACAGGCGUCGCAGGAAUGACGACGGCGACUCGGACAACGAGGACGCCGUGGGCGACGCGCCUGCUACCAAGACGCCACGGGCGGAGUGCUACCCGAAGUGCUACCACUACCUGGAAAUGGAAACGACGCGCAGGACGUUAGAGAUGAAGAUACACCCGGAGAUGGAGACGACAUGCAAGAUGUUACGGCGAACGACCCACUUGUAUCUGAUGCAGCUGGGCAGGGGCCUGCCACGGACCUGGGCGCGGCCGCUGUGCCAAGCGAUCCGCAGCAACAGCCUGAGCAAUAUGGACAGCCAGAACCUGCGCCACAGCCUGUUUCUCGAGGGCCCCUGCACUAUCGAUCACUACCUGGCGACUUCGAAGCAGAUCGCGAAAGCCCCCGCGUGCGUCGCGAAGCUCUUAAGCAGAGUGAGGAACCGCUCGAGGGGCGCAUUCGUGGCCAGGAGGACUGGCGCCGCGAAGGAGCAGGUCACCCCGAAGAAAGGCCGGGAACUACGCAGCAUCCCGCCAGCCUGGAGGACGGCAUUCGAGGCGAGUGACCUGGAAGAGUGGCGUAAGUGGAUUCUGCAUGACGCUGUAGCGCGGCCGUGUGAAGAGGAGAUCGCGGGCGUCGAGAAGACGGACAUCCUGCCCAUGAGGCGCGUCCGCGCCGACAAGAAUGAACCUGCGAGAGGAAGUCUCUCGUGCGAGCAGCGCCCGCUGAGGGCGAAGUCACGGGGCAUCGUCCCGGGCUACAAGGACAAGCAGUUGCUCGCGGGCGAGUUCCAGACGAACGCACCGACGCGCACGGACACGGCCACGGCGGUGACCACCCAGGAAGCUGCCAGCCAGCCUGGCUGGAGCCUCGAGCAGGGCGACGUAGAUUCGGCAUUUCUGAAUGGGAGAUGUCGACAGCUCCAGGCGCGCGUACUUUGGUGUUCCCAAGGGCGGCACGCCUGCAGCGCCGGAGCUUGGGUGGCCAUUCGCCCCAGAAGGGGCAGUCCUGAAGGAGAAGAAGGGCAUCUACGGGUUGAACGAUGCACCCCUGUUGUGGCCCUGUCUCUCCCCGGGGCUUUGAUCCAAGCUGCGCCCGGCUAUCUUCGCAUCUUCCACGACGAGAGGGAGAAGCUAAUCGGCCUGAUCGGGACACACGUCGACGAUGACCUCGUCGCGGGAUCGCCCGAGUUCUUCGCGAACCAGGUGGCCGAGCUGAGGAAGGCGCACUGCCGCGGCAAGUGGCAGACGGCGAUGACCGGUUUACACAAUUGCGGGCGCUUCCUCAAGCAGAACGACGACGGCGCGAUCAAACGCAGCCAGAAGGAGUGCACGGAGAGCACCGAGAAGAUACCCAUCUCGGCCGAGCGUCCCAAGGAUGCAAGGGCCACGGCGGAGGAAGGGGCCAUGCUCCACAGUGGCAACGGCCAGAUUCAGUGGCCGGCCCGUUCUACAAGGAUGGACGCGGCGUUCCGGCUGGCGCAGGACCUGCUAGACUUCAACGAGCUCGUGAGCGACGCCAGGACCGGCCGCGUGGGCAUAACCGACCAGAAGCUGGACAUGGACAACGUGAUUGCGGCUGCAGUGGGGGGCUCGAGCCACGGGAACGUGGGCAAGACGACCGCUAGCCAGGCGGGCCUGGUCACCUGGCUCGCGGACAACACUGACGGUCAGUUUCUGCGCGGGCUGCCUGCAAAUCUUACUCCGAUGUUGCGGCGAUCACAUCGCCUCAAACGAGUGGCGCGGAGUACGUUGGCAGCCGCGACGAUGGCAGCGCUGGAGGCAGUCAAGAGUGGCGACAUGCUGAGACAGCACCUGGUGGAGUUGCAUCACGGGCUGGGCUACUGGGCCCACAUGGACGACGUGAAGGCGAUCAGGAUGGUGGAGGUCACGGACUUUAAUUCGCUCUACGACCUGCUGCAGAAACGAGGGGCGGCCCCGUCCGAGAAGCGGCUGCUCAUCGACAUCGAGUCGCUCAGGAACGAAAUCGAGGUCAACAGCGUGGUGAGCAAGUGGGUGAACACCAAGCAGAUGCUCGCCGACUGUCUUACCAAGCAGGACGUCCGCGCGGGCGACCACGCGAGGCACGCGCCCCGGACGGGCCGGUUGACGGGGGGCCCCAUGGCAGAGCAGGUGAUCUCCGAGCAACGGAUAGAGCUGAAAUGUCGCAGGGGUGAUUACGAUCGCUCGACAGGGGCCACGUAUCCUCGUCGGCAUCGGCCUGCCGACCAGCCCUUCGCGCGGGAAGGCUAUGCGCAUUUCGAGGACUGCGGCGCGGACUUGAGGUACAAUGCGCGCAGCUCGACCGGCGACGACAUCUACUACGAGGAGCUCGAGGACAUGGUCGAUUGGUCGGGACUGGACCAAGUGGCGAAGCGUCGGAGGAUCCCGACCCACGCGCGCAUGCUGCUGACGACAUACGCACCGACCAAGGAGGCUCUCGAGUGCCACGAGAAAGAUUUCACGGAGAAGCACAACUUGAAGGAGACGGACACGACCGACGACAUCGAGCACCACGAGGACGCGAACGUCAUUUCGGACGAGAGCCUGCACACGGACGACACGGCGGAUCUGGACGACGUGAAGGAGAUCUACAUGAUGGACGCCGCGGGUGCCGAGACCGAGGAGAUCGGAGGAGGCGCCGCUGGAGCUGGCGCUACGCUGGUGGCGCGCGCGGUGCGUCGGGUGGUGGUGGACCAGUGCGAGUGCGAGCCGAGGCGCGCAUCCUACACGCAGGUGGCGCACGACCUGGGCGACGCACUGGAAGAAGACAUCCUCGAGGCAUACCAGCAGGGGGUCGCCGGAUGCAACGAGCGCCGCAGCGCCGCAGGGCUAGUCACGUCACAGAACAUACCCCGACAAGGCAAAAACAGCGAGAAAGGAACGGGCAAGCUCAGAGCUCCAUGCCGAGUUGACCCAGAUGAGUGCGUGAUCCAGCAGGAAAAAGAGCUACGCGCGGAGGUCAAUGCGAUUCGCCUCGAGAAGCAGAAGCAGGAGCUCCUGGGCCGUGCGAGGGCACCGACGGCCGGACGGUCCUCGACGGGAUAA